UUGUAAGUUUAACUAGACAUAUGAAGAUUGCACUUUGCUAUCAGCAAUAAAUUUCUUGUUUGUUUAAAGGAUACUAAAACAUCUAUUGAUAGAAACAAUCUGUUUAUUUUACUUUUGUAUUUCAAUUUAAAAUCAUGGAAAGUUUUCAGUUUGUAAACUGAACAUAAAUAAUAAAUCAUGAGUGAUAUUAUACAGUGUCUAGGAAAAUAUAAGGCUGAUUGUAAAUACUGUUGGCACAAGACAGGCUUUGGAAAAACAUCACACUUUUAUUGCAGUGCCUUCCAGUAUUGUUGUGGGGACAAAUGUUGUGAGAAUAUUGAUGAGUUCUACAAACUGUGGUACUUCUGGUUAUGUGUACUAAUUCUAAUAUUAUCAGCAUGUAUUGCAUUUUAUUGGUUACGCCGUCGAUAUAUGAUGUCACAGUUGUUCGUUCAAACACAAACCGACAGAACACGUCCACAUGCUCGCAGAAGACGCUCUGGAAGACGAUAUAGGCAGCUUACAGGAGACUCCCUUGCCCCAAUAGUGAUCAUACCUGAGUCAGUGGUCACAGCCCCACCACCUUACCUUGGAGAUGACACCACAUGUCCGCACCCUGGACCUCCUCCGUAUACGCUCGGUUCAGGAAGUUCAAUUAAUUCUACGACGUUGCCGAGAUUUCCCCCUCCAUACAGUCAGAUAGAAAAAAUUCCUCCGCCAAAUUAUUCAAGUACGGAUGAGAUUGUAGUGAUGACGCUAGAGUCAAAUAAAAAACAUUGCGAUAAACAUGAUAAACAAGAUAAACAUGAUAAACAUGACGAUGGAGUGAGUUGAUAUUCUCAGGAUUUGUGAUCUGGUGCAUGCUAUUUGUCUCGUCUUGUGAUAUAAACAAACAUCCCCCCCAUAUAUUUAUAAAAAAAAUGCAACGAUACCCUGUUUUAUAAUAGGGUCGAUUCUGCUUGGUUCUCUCACAGGUCGCCAAUAUUUUUACCUUACAUGUUUUUCAUUGGAAUAUUUGAACAAUUCUUCUUCCCAGAGCUUCUGUGUAUCUAGACAUUUUCAGGGCUACUUGAUUUAGCACUUUUAUUGGUCCAUACCUUUGCUUGCUUUCAGGGAAAUGCAUGAUAUUUCCAGAGGCAUGCAUUCACUAGCAGAAAACCUUGCUGUAUGAUAUUUUAUAUUUGCAAACUAAAUUUGCGAGGUUUCACUUAAUUGAAUGAAAAAGCUUGUUUUCAAGAUUUUUGUGUAAUAGUAUGUUAGUACAGAAAGUAUUUAACAAAAUGUUAGAAUAAUAUCGAGCACCACACAAAAUUUGAACAAAUUUAUUUCCUAAAUCUUGGAAGUUUUAUAAUAGAAGAUAUAGCAAUGAUGAUCAAAUUUAUUAUUCCAUUUAUUUAAAGUUAUUAUUAUAAAUCAUUAUUUUGACUUGUCUGUCCUAUUUUCUGAAUCUCACUCAUUGGUAAAAUAGUUUCCAUGGUUUCUAAUAAAUAAGUUAGUUUCUACUGUAAGAGAGCUGAUAUGUCAUUGGUCAGUAAAGGACAUUAUGAGCAUAUCCAGCCAAUCAAAAUGGUUCUACUUAAUAGACUGGUCUACACAUGGAUUUACCUAGAUUCACCGUUUAAAUGUGCCAGAACAAAAGUUAUUCAGGGUAAAAAAGUGGUGUUUUAAAGUUGCAUCGAAAGAAAACUGUUAUUACGAAAUGUUCUAAUUCUUUUAAUGUUUAAGUGUCUAAAUCAAUAACUUGUGUAAGAAUCUUUAGUAGUUUAUUUAAACAAAUAUCAUAUGACUGCUUAAGAAGGGUUAUUUUUGUAAAAGUAUGAGAUUAAUUUAAUUUGUCAAAAUUAAAAUCAAAAACAGUGAAAAGAAUGUAGCAUAAUAACUAGACUAAAUAUUUGUAUUUUCUUGUUUUCUAGGAUAUUUUUUAUGCUUUACAAUGAUGUUUAAGGUUAUAUAGAUUGUCAAGUCACAAAAUUGUGAUGUUAGUUGAAAUGUAUUUUAUUAAGUGUUUCUUUUCUUGCCCGGGCGAGGCCACAGAGAAUGUCCCUUUUAAAGUGAUUGAACACCCUCAUUUUUAUGAGGAAGAAGCCACAAUUCAUAUGAGCUGCGCCAUGAUAAAACCAACCAUCAUGGAUCCAGACCAGCCUGAGCAUCUGCGCAGUCUGAUCAGGAUCCAUGCUGUUCGCUUAAAAACCCUAUAACAAGUAGAGAAACUGAUAGCAACAGCAUGGAUCCUGAUCAGACUGCGCAGAUGCGCAGGCUGGUUUGGAUCCAUGCUGGUCGCAAACCCACUAUGUUUGUUUUGUCAUGACACAGCUCAUAUUAUAGUCAGACUUGUGCUCAAAGACCAGAGGCUGUUAGUAGGAGGUUUUUCUUUGUUUGGUCUUUAUACUGUGGUGGUCUUUCACACGGGGUGACUAUAAAUCUAUAGUUUACAACAACAUUUUGUUAGUUAUUAAUUCUUUUCUACAGAGUCUACUGUAUUAAGUCUAUAGUAAGUAUAGUAUAUUCUGUAAGUCAUUGUUGUUGUACCAACUUAAUGCUCAUUUUUGAUGCCAUAUUUAUAUGUUGGUAAACAAAUUGUUAAAAUUGUUAAUUGUUGUUACUUUUAGUCAAUUUUGUUAGAAAAUAGAAUUAGAAAUAUUUAAGUCAGUUUUAAUAGAAGGUAGAAAUUAUAAACAAAGGGUUUUAUGUGAAGAAAGGUGUGUUUUCAUUAUAAAAACUGUAUGAGAAAAGUGUAAUUUUGGUCUUUACUAAAGUGAAUAUAGCCUUCAAAAAAAAUGAACAGAAUUUUAAAAGUCUAAAUGAUCUUUAGAAAUGUGAAAAGGAAUCAUUGCCAUGUGAUUUUUUAUUUCUUGUUGAAAGUUAAGUAUCUGAAGAUUAAGCAAAUAAAAAUUAUUGUUUCCCAUUUUUUAAAACUUUGUUUCACAAUGUUAUGCACUAAACACUUCAGGAUUUAUGCUUUUAACAUUACAAUUUGAUAAGUGCAGUUUUUCAUCAUAUUUCUUAAUCUUUUUAGCACUCCUACUGAAACACACACAUAACAAAAUUAUUUUUGUAAUAUUGUAAGACAACAACAAAAAUGAACCAAGGCUUUGUGUAAUGGUCAAUUAAGUUAUGAUAAUGUAUUUAGGACAGUUUGACCUAAUUAAUGGCACACACAAUAAGAUAGGUGCAUAGUUAAGGUAUUAUAAAUACACUUGAAGAUAUUCUAUCUGAAACAGUUAUGGCAUUAGUUACCUUUUAAGGCAUUGAUAGUAAUUAAGGGUGGACUAAAACUUGGAGAAAUAUCAAGUUUUCAGGGUUAUUUGAUGUACAAAUAUAUUUUUUUUAUUCAAUUCAUUCUUGACUGAUUUUUUUAUAGUGAUUGAUUUAUUGGACCCAGGAUUUUAUCUUUUGUCAUCACGUUUUAAGUGCAUGAUAUAUUAUUAACCUAUAUCAUGUGAAACAAAAAGAAAAAGAUUACAGUUAUGUUAGUUUAAAUAUAAUUGUUUUAGCUAAUGGUUGCAAAAAAAGUUCUUGCAACUUAUAUUAAUCACUGUUGAGUUGGCUUCCUGGAACAAACCAGUACUGUUGUCAAAUGAGGAAUCAUGAUGAUUGGCCUAGUGUUAAAAUUGCUUCAAACUAUUUGCCUUUUAAAAUAAAAUUGUGCCAUUUCACAAAGCAAAUCAAUUUGGCCAUGUCACUAAUUAGGUCACCAUACUUCAUCGCUAGAAAUAAUCAUUGACAGAGCAAUGUUGGUCUCCUGUUAGUGUUUUUAGACUUUUAUUGCAAUACAGAAGACAUUUUUCUAUGAUUUUGGUAAAGAUUUUUUACAAUACAGGGAAGCAAUUUUACAUUAUGAUUGUAACCUGUCAAAAACUGAGCAUACUUUAGAUAUCUUAUUUUGUAUUCAUUUUUUUUUUUCACAAAAAAACAAAACACCCAGCAACAAUGAAUAAUGGUUGUACUUAUUUAUCCCCAUUAAUGAACAUUUAAGCAUUUUAAAAGCUUUGUGACAAUAGAUAAAAAAGUACAAGACAUUAUCUUGUUAACAUUUAACUGUACAAUUAUUUAUGACCAACUUACACUUAAAAGGUAGGCAGUGAUAAAUGAACAUUUUGAAGGGGAAGACCUACAUAUUAUACAAUAUUUACUUUAAGACGUAGAAAACUUGAAAUGAUUUACAA